AUGGCGGAAUCGGCGCCUGCGGCCACGCUCGGCGUGCACCACGUCGGCCUGGCGGUCAGCGACCUGGCGAAGACCUCGGCAUUCUUCAAGGACGUCCUUGGCUUCAACACUGUGAAAGAGAACCCCGACUAUCCAUCGAUCUUCGUGUCGGACGGCGCCAACAUGAUCACCCUGUGGAGCGUGGAAGAGCCAGCCGAAGCCACUCCCUUCAACCGCCGGAAGAAUGUGGGUCUGCACCACCUGGCAUUCAAGGUGGACCCCGAGGCACUGGACGAGCUGCACGAGCGGGUGAAGGCGUCUGGCGUGGAGAUCGAGUUCGCGCCCCAGCCCCUGGGGCCCAACAUGCCGGUGAAGCACAUGAUGUUCUACGAGCCCAGCGGCGUGCGGCUGGAGUUGAUCGGAAUUGCCUAG